AUGUCAAGCAACCACAAAUCUUGGUCUAAUCUUGUUGGCAAACCAGCUGAUGAAGCUGUUGAAGCAAUUAAAAAAGAAGAUUCAAAUUUACAUGUUAUUAAAUUAGAAGAUGGUUCACCAGUAACAACAGAUGAAAGACAUGAUCGUGUACGUGUUUUCCACGAUGAAAAUGGCAAUGUUGUAUCAGAACCAAAAAUUGCUUAA